AUGUCCUCAACCUCUGCACAAAAAACAUUGGAAAAACUUCGGGGUGCUUUUGCCGCUUAUGGCUUGCCCGAAGUAUUGGUGAGUGACAACGGGCCACAGUUCACCUCGGAGGAGUUUGCAGAAUUCAUGAGCACCAACGGUGUAAAACACGUUCGUAUUCCGCCUUAUCACGCAGCGUCCAAUGGUGCUGCAGAACGAACAGUACAAACCGUGAAAAGGGCCUUACUGAAACAGGUGCUCGAGCGUGAGGCCUCGGGUAAACAGCAGACAGUACAGGAAAAUAUUGAUAGUUUUCUGAUGGCCUACCGGAACACACCGAGCAGUGUGACAAGCAAAUCACCAGCUGAACUAUUUUUGAGGCGCCAGCCACGCAUAAAGCUUUCACUGCUCCAACCUGAUUUUGCAAAAUCCAUGCGAGACAAACAGGAAAAACUAAAAGAGCAGCGCGAUUUGUUUCGUGGGCAGGAGCGCAGCUUCGUGGUGGGGGACCGGGUGUUGGUGAAAACUGUGCGUGGUGAACGCGUUUCGUGGGAAGAAGGUGUUGUGAUCCAAAUUGUCAGUGCUGUGACAUAUAUGGUGAAAGUGCGCGAUCAACUCCGGUUCACACACGCCGAUCACCUGCGUCCUGGACAUGCCGACCCCGGCGAGACGCCCCCGCACGCGGAGGUGGGUGUAAAACAAACGACACCAGAAGGGCUACCGGCAGACGACCGCACUCCGACACCAAGACAACCGCAGGCAGACCAGGAUGGUCCCAGUUCCCCUGGGACGCCGGCGGACCCCGAUCGCAGAACAACACUAGAGCACGACGAAUCAGUACCGCCACCCACACAGCAGCCUGUACCGCAAGACUUGGCGGAGUCGCACGUGCCAGCGGCGCCAGCUGCACCCAACUCGGAGGAACAGCCGCCACUACGUCGGGGUGCUCGUGUGCGCCGGCAACCGGACUGGUUUAGAUCUGAGGACUUUAAGUAA